AUGUGGUGUGCGCGUGGGGCCGACGCGGGCGCCGCCCCGCGGCGAGUCGGUGGCGCCUCUAUCGAUUAUUCGGACCUCUCCCUCGGCCGUAGCGCGGCGUCCCUGUCUCGCGCGCACGGGUGGCGCCCGCCGCGUCAUUUAAGGCCACCUCGACACACUGCGACCUCUUCAGGGUUCUCGUUUAAACAGACCUCGCAGGCUAUAUCAUUAAUCUAUUACCAUCGUAAGGAGCUCAUCUAUAGCCAAAGCCAACGGAUGUUGUCAAAGUUGCUGUGGCCCAAUACGUCGCCUAGUGCGCCAAGAGACCCCCACUCAGACCAUUUGACGAUCCUGAACUCGAUGCACAAGUACCAGCCCCGGUUUCAUCUGGUGCGUGCCAACGACAUCCUCAAGCUGCCAUACUCCACCUUCAGAACCUAUGUCUUCAAGGAGACGGAGUUCAUCGCAGUCACUGCAUACCAGAACGAAAAAAUAACACAACUGAAAAUUGAUAAUAACCCCUUCGCAAAAGGCUUCCGGGAUACGGGAGCGGGGAAACGAGAAAAGAAUCUGUCCGUGUACCGCAGGCAGGCGCUGUUGACGGCGCGGUCGGACACGCGCGAGGACGAUGACGAGAGGCCCCUGGACGUUGGCGGUCCCUCCAGUCCGCCGCCACCUCCGCCGCAACACACAAGUAGCUCCUGGUUCAGUUCAAGUGGUGGAGGAGCAGACUCCGGCGCAGACGAAGCAGGCUCAGAUUCCUCGUGUUCUGGCGGUGCUCGGGCACCGUCCCCCCCUGCGGGCCCUUCGCGGCCCUCCCCCGCCCCUGACGUGUCUCUCGGCCCGCCAGUCCAACCACCUCUCUUACCUUAUCUCUAUCCACCCUCUCUCUACCCACCCCCAUUUUUCCCUCCUCACCAAAUGCCACCAGGAUUGCUUUUCAAUCUCCAUCCUCUGUUGCAACAAUAUUCUCUUCCGCCUCCUCCCGCGCCUCCCGCGCCUACACCAGCGCCGUCGCUGAGCAAAACGCAUAGGUUUGCGCCUUACGCGCUGCCAGGGUUAGGCUCGGCGUUCGAGCAGGUGGCUCCGCGUGCGAGGAGUCUCAGCUCCUCACCCGCCAGGCCGAGGGCAGGCUCGCCGCCGGCACGCGCCGCCUCAGCCGACCCACCCCCCGACGCACCCACGUCCACCACCACUGCAACACCCCCCGCGUCCGAUCUCAAAAGUAUCGAACGUAUGGUCAACGGUCUCGACGUUGAAACACAGGAC